AUGACUUCAAGUAGCUUCCUCUUUCUUCAUCUGCUAGUCAUGUUUUAUCUAGCGGGCAUGUCUCUUUCUGAUUUAUCAGAUGAUUUCUACGAUGAUGUUUGUCCCGAAGCUUUACCAACCAUUAAGCGGGCUGUAGAGGAUGCAGUCCGACAAGAGAGGCGAAUGGGUGCCUCUUUGCUACGUCUACAUUUUCAUGAUUGUUUUGUUAAUGGCUGUGACGCUUCGGUUCUUCUUGAUCAAACAUCUACUAUUGAUAGUGGAAAGACUUCUCGUGCUAAUAAUAAUUUUGCCAGAGGAUUUGAGGUGAUCGAUAGAAUCAAGUCCAAGGUUGAUAAAAUUUGUGGACGUCCAGUUGUGUCUUGUGCGGACAUCUUGGCAGUUGCAGCUCGUGACUCCCUAGUUGCUUUACAUGGACCAACAUGGGAAGUGCUACUAGGAAGAAGGGAUUCCACUACAGCAAGUAGAACCUCAGCCAACAAUGACAUUCCAACUCCAUUGAUGGACUUACCUGCUCUUAUUGAUAACUUUAAGAAGCAAGGUUUGGAUGAGGAAGACCUCGUCGCUCUCUCCGGUGGUCACACAUUGGAGUUUGAUCAGUGUUUCACUUUCAGGAUUCACAUCUACAAUGAGACUAACAAUAUCGAUUCCACCUUUGCAAGUCAACGUCUAGCAAAUUGUCCACGUAGUGGAGGUGAUUCCAAUCUUGCUUCCCUUGAUCCAACACCUGCUCUUUUUGACUCGAAAUAUUUCAGUAACUUGGUUUCCACGAAAGGACUUUUGCACUCUGACCAAGCAUUGUUUAGUGGUGGAGAGACUGAUGAGCUUAUUAAAACCUAUAGUACAAACUUAGGGACUUUCUCUAAAGCUUUUGCCGAUUCUAUGAUUAAGAUGGGUAAUAUGAAGCCGUUGACCGGAAAUCAAGGCCAGAUUCGUGUCGAUUGCAGGAGGGUGAGCCAAUAAGAACGGGAUGAUGAAGCUGAUGAAAUCAAGUAUUCCAAGAAUUUGAUUAUUUUUCAAUUGUAAUUGUGAUUGUUAUUCAUUCGGAACCUUUGAUAAGUUUAAUGUGGGGCAAUUUAUUUUCAAAGAAAUUGAAGCUUGUUGU